UCAUUUCCAAUCAAAAUUUUAAAAAAUCCACAAUAUGUCUUCCUCCCUAUUCUCCUCUCCCUUUCUUCCUCAAAUUCCGACAAAAUCCACUCUUUCCAGAACCCAAAACUCCUCCGCCGCCGGCGGCGGCGGCGGCUCGGCAUCGACGUAUAAUCCAAUGAGAAUUUACGCGUCGAGACGAGAACCCCACAACGACUUCCGGAUGGUGGACGAGAACAUGAUCGUUCUCCGCCACCGAAUCCGGCAAGUGAAGGCGGCGGAGGCGGAGCCGGGGCGGGAGGCUCCGCCGGAAUGGAUGGAUUGGGAGAAGGAAAUGUACCGCGACGGCGCGUACGAAUCGAUGAUAUUCGAUGUCGUGGCGCGGCUACAGUCGUGUCUCGUCGAGACGAGGCCGAGCUUGGCGCUCGGAAUGGCGGCCGUCGUCGCGGUCGGAGUUCCGACGGCGACGGCGGCGGCGGUGGUCGGCUUGCUCCAAUUCUUGAUAGGAUUAGUUCAUCAUGGUAGUUAGAAAUGUGAUGGAAAUUUGAAUUAAUGUUUGAUUGAUUGUUUGAUAUUUUUAGUUUUUGGGAUUCUUUGAUUAGAUUUCAUUCUUUACUUGUGUAUUGUUGGACUAUGUUUAUAUACGUUCGCUUCUGAU